AUCUGCAUCAGACGGACAACGAGGAAGCUUCUUUAAACCUUGACCACUUAGAUCGAGUGUAUCGCAUACUAAGGAUUCUAUAUAAGAUUAAAAUGUCCAAAGCAACCAAACGGAAAUAUGUUACCAAAGAAAUUGAAGAUUUGAGCAUUCCUACAGAAUCACAAUCAAUAGUUCGAGUUGUAAAACCAUGCGGUAAUAAUCUUCAUGAAGUUAUUAAUCCAGCUGGAAUUCAAUAUCUCGUAUCUAUGCCAGUAAAAUUUAGGCAAAAUAUUUGGAUAAAACGAGGAGAUUUUGUAUUGGUAGAACCAAUUCCAGAAGGGGACAAAGUGAAAGCUGAAAUUGUUAAAAUAUUAACACGAGAACAUAAAAAAUGGUAUCGAGAACAAAACUGUUGGCCCCAAGAAUUUGACGAAAUUUCAAAUUCGAAACAAAAAACAAUUAAAGAAGAUAGUAAUAACGAAGAAGAUGAUCUUUUUGUAAAUAAAAAUAGAUUAUUACAAAAUAGGAUAGAUAAUAACAGUAAUACAAGUUCUGAAGAAUCUGAUUCUUGUUAAUGUUUUUGUAAUGAUAUUAUAGUAAUAAAAUAAGUAUAAUAUUUAUAUACGAAAGCGAUAAAAUUGUCUAUAAAAAAAUAAA